AUGAGUUUGCAUUUACCAGCGUGCUUAGUUCGUGAUGGUGGAUAUGGCCGGCAGGCACACGCCCUCGCUUUGAAAAUGUCUUUGGAUGCUUGCGUUUACGUUGCGACUGCUCGCAUUACCAUGUAUAGCAAGGUGUGCGAUCAUGGAGAUGACGAAAGCCUGGAGAGAGGAUCAAUCAUUGGCCCAUCACUUUCUACAGCAAUUGAGGACUCAAGAUCGGCCCUUGUCGUUUUUUCAGAGAAUUUCGCUUCUUCAUCCUGGUGCUUGGAUGAACUCUCCAAGAUUCUUCAAUGCAGGGAGGAGAGGGGACAAAUAAUCUACCCAAUCUUCUACCAAGUGGAUCCUUCUGAUGUGCGCAAGCGAAGGGGAAGUUUUCAGCUCCAUACAGUAGAGGUAAGGGAACAUGAAGAAGUUUAUGGGAAUAAGGACAAACUAAAGGAGUGGACAGAUGGUUUGAGAGAGGUGAGCAGGAUUGCUGGGUGGGAUUCAAGUACAUAUGAGUAA